CACUUGCCCUUACAUCAACCAACACGUUCGGGUUAAACUCAUCAGUACUUUUACAUCUUCACUUCAAACUCUCUCUAAGAUCGGUCCUUACAAAACUUGUUUUCUUCUUCUCAUCCAAAUUUAACCCAAAAAAAUAGUAAUUAUGGAUCGCAGUUUCCUCCUAAAAGUUACAUUGAUCUGCAUUGUCUUCGCCGGUGUCGGUGGCCAAUCUCCGAUCUCAUCUCCGACCAAAUCUCCCACCACUCCUUCUGUUUCUGCUCCUACCACUUCCCCUACUAAAUCCCCCGCCGUUACUUCUCCCACGGCUGCUCCGGCCAAAACUCCGUCUUCUUUACCAGUCGAAGCACCGAAAUCUCCUGCUCCCGUUAGCUCAUCUCCUCCACCGACACCUGUUCCCGAGAGCUCUCCUCCUGCUCCGGCACCGAAAGCUUCUUCUCCGGUGAGCUCUCCACCGGUUCCAGCACCAGUAGUUGAUUCUCCUCCAGCUCCCGUAGCCGCUCCCGUGGCUGAUUCUCCUCCGGCUCCAGUAGCUGCUCCAGUGGCUGAAGUGCCGGCUCCUGCUCCAAGCAAGCACAAGAAGACUGCCAAGAAAUCUAAAAAGCACCACAACGCACCUGCUCCGGCUCCGGAACUUCUCAGUCCACCUGCACCACCCACGGAAGCUCCCGGACCUAACUCCGACGCAUUUUCUCCCGGUCCUUCCACAUCUGCCGACGAUCAGAGCGGAGCAGAGAGCACAAGGGCAUUGAGGAAUGUAGCUGUGGGAGCGGUUGCAACCGCGUGGGCUGUUCUCGUCAUGGCACUCUAAAAUUAUUUAUCUUUUCACCCCCUAAAUUUUUUUAGUUUUUAUCUUUUUGACCCUACUAUUAUUGUAUGUUUCUUUUACGAAUUUGGUAUUUAAUUGAUUUAUACAGUUUGUGUUAUCUUUUUUAUUUUUAUUUAUAUGGGAAAUAAUAAGAAAUUCACAUCUGUCAGUGAUGAUGAUACUGUUUAUUACA